GCCCCGCCCCGCGCUCGGGCUGGCUCCGCGGUAGCUGCGGCCGGGUGGGCUGGCACGCUGAGGGCAGGCGCACCGGCAUCAGGUGGGCGGGGUGCGGGCCGUCGGCGGGCGGGGGCUGCCGGGCUGCGCUCGGGCCGGGCGCGGCCAGCCGUCGGGCGCGCCAUGGACUUCAACAUGAAGAAGCUGGCGUCCGACGCGGGCAUCUUCUUCACUCGGGCGGUGCAGUUCACAGAGGAGAAAUUCGGCCAGGCCGAGAAGACUGAGCUUGAUGCCCACUUUGAAAACCUCCUGGCCCGGGCGGACAGCACCAAGAACUGGACAGAGAAAAUCCUGCGGCAGACAGAGGUGCUGCUGCAGCCCAACCCCAGUGCCCGAGUGGAGGAGUUCCUGUAUGAGAAGCUGGACAGGAAGGUGCCCUCCAGAGUCACCGGUGGGGAGCUGCUGGCCCAGUACAUGGCGGAGGCAGCCAGUGAGCUGGGCCCCACCACCCCCUACGGGGAAACACUGAUCAAGGUGGCAGAAGCAGAAAAGCGCCUCGGAGCUGCAGAGAGGGAUUUCAUCCACGCAGCCUCCGCCAGCUUCCUCACACCCCUGCGCAACUUCCUGGAAGGGGACUGGAAGACGAUUUCGAAAGAGAGGCGGCUCCUCCAAAACCGGCGCCUGGACUUGGAUGCCUGCAAAGCACGGCUGAAGAAGGCGAAGGCUGCAGAAGCUAAAGCCACGACGGUGCCUGACUUUCAGGAGACUAGACCUCGUAAUUACAUUCUCUCGGCCAGCGCCUCCGCGACUCUGGAUGACACUUCCUGCCCCCCUUCCUGGGCCUCGUGGAAGGAGGAUUAUCCCGGAGGGUGGAGCCUGCCCUGUAUUUUUCUUUUGCCACUGAACCCCAGUGUGACUCAGGCCCGAGGCUGCCUUUCUCUGCCGAAGGACAGAAAGCUCUGGAAUGAUGAGGUGGACAAGGCUGAGCAGGAGCUCCGAGUGGCGCAGACGGAGUUUGACCGGCAGGCAGAAGUGACCCGUCUCCUACUGGAGGGCAUCAGCAGCACUCACGUGAACCACCUCCGCUGCCUCCACGAGUUCGUGGAGUCUCAGACAACGUACUAUGCGCAGUGCUACCGCCACAUGCUGGACUUACAGAAACAGCUGGGCAGGUGCCCACCAGGGGCCCCUGGCUCCCAAGGCCCAAUGAGCAGCCCCACUUCCCCCGGGCACGAGGACACAUGGGAUUUCCAGGCACCUUUGUGGGAACCACGGAGCCCGCCUCCCCACCCCUCAGCAGCACGUCGCCCACCACCACCGCGGCCACAAUGCCUAUGGGACCCUCUGUGGCUGGCCUGGCCCCUCCAGCGGAGGCGGCUCUCUGCCUGGAAGAGGUGGCCCCACCUUCCAGCGGAACCCGGAAGGCCCGGGUUCUCUACGACUACGAGGCAGCCGAUAGCAGUGAGCUGGCCCUGCUGGCUGAUGAGCUCAUCACUGUCUACAGCCUGCCUGGCAUGGACCCCGACUGGCUCAUUGGCGAGAGAGGCAACAAGAAGGGCAAGGUCCCUGUCACCUACUUGGAGCUGCUCAGCUAAGCAGACGCCCCCCCAAGCUCUUGCCCAUUCUGUCCCGGGCAUGAGAAGAUGGGCACAGUGCUGCCAUUUGUCUGUUGGCGACCCAGCCGCUCAGGGUGGGGAGACACCCCAUUGUCCUUGCCCAAGUCAUCCAGCUGUGCCGGGACCCCACAGGCUGAAUGGUCCCAGCCCCUCCCCAAGCCCAGCCCUGCCUCUGACCUGGUUCCGAGCCUCCAACCCUGCCACCUGUGCCCCGAGCACCCUGGCGCUCCCAGCCCCUGCUAAGGCCCAAGUCGGGGUCCGCGCAGAUGGCCCGAGGGAACCCUGCGGUCCACACUUGUCGAGGGAGCGCUUGCCUUCUAGUUGCCAAAAGCAGCCGAGGGGGAGGCAGCAGGUGUGCAGCAGGCCCCGGAGACUGGCUGCUGUGGCCUCCGUGCGACCUGGAGCGGAGGGGAGCCUGGCCAGAGGCACGCUGGGCCCCAGAGCAGCAUCUCCCAGGUGCUACCCUCCCCCACAAGCCAAGUAUAGCGGCCGCUGCCUGCCUCUCUCCACACGCACUUUUUAAUGGGUCUUUUUACUCUGCCUGUCUGCUUGCUGUCUAGCCAGUGAUAAAUAAUAAACCAUCCUCCGUGUG